AUGGGCACCCAAGGGAUCUAUUCCCUGAUAGACACCACCCCGGCCAAGACCAUCCUGGUGUACCGCAACGGGGACCAGUAUUACGUGGGCAAGAAAUUUGUCUUCAAUCGGCGGCGAGUUGCGUCCUUUGAGGCCUUCUUGAACCAGCUGAAUGAGGAGAUCGAGGUGCCCUUUGGCGUGCAGCGUAUCUACACGCCCACGCACGGCCGUCAGGUCCAGGAGCUGGACAAUCUGCAGCAAGGGGGCAAGUACGUGGCUGCUGGAAGAGAGGGGUUCAAGAAGCUAGAUUAUUUUCACAUUGUUCCCAGAAAACCUGCAAAGAUGAGAAAACUUAAGGAAAUCAAACCAGUGGUACAUUGUGAUAUAAAUGUGCCUUCCAGAUGGCAUACAUUUAAUCGUAUAUCCCGACAUAUAAAUGUUUUCACAAAUGGAAGAUUAUUUAUUCCACCUGUAAAAAUUAUUAUACCCAAAUUCAGUCUGUCAGAUUGGAAUAACGUGCUGGCCAUGAUUGGAGAAAAAGUCUUCCCCCUAGGAGGUGUUCGAAAACUAUAUACAAUGAAUGGACACCUAUUGGACAACUCAAAGGAUUUGAAAGACAAUGAUUUUUAUGUUGCAGCAGGACUGGAAGUCUUUAAAUAUUUCCCUUAUUGGAAGUCCUCGAAAGUUCCCAGUGAGGUCCAACAAAAGUAUGCAGACAUUGAAAAACACUCACGAAGAAAGAAGAAAGAGGAUUCAAAAGGAAAAGAACCUCAUAAAUAUGAAGAGAUACCAACUAAUACAAAAGAUUCUGUUUAUUAUGCCAAAGAAGGAAAGAAAAAAACUUUUGUAGAACCUUUAAUCACAAGUGGUGCAGAAGGUGAUGUGUAUAAAGCUCAGACUCCAAAUACAGAAACCCAAGUGGCACCAGAAGUAAAAGAAGACCAAGAUAUAAAAGUGGAAAUGCCUGUGGAUCAGUUACCAGCUGAGAUAGUUAAAGAAGAUGAAAUUAAAGAACAUGAUAAAAUCCUUGAUUUGGAAGGCAAUGAG